AUGAGCUCAUCUACAAGCGCCAAGAGACCAAUUGAGAUCACAGACUUCAAAGAGGUCAUCAGGGACCUACCUGAUUCGCAAUUGCAACAAAUUAGAGCAGAACUCACAAAUAGUAUUUCGCAUCUAGACAGGUCCAAUUCGCGGCUCCGUAAAUACAUAGCUAAGAUAGAAGGCAAACGCGAAGAUACACCGGACGGGGUCGAGGAAGACGAACUGGACAAAAUCGACGAAAACGAUUUGCAACUGUACCAGGAUUCGCACCGCGAGAACGAAAUAGUGAUGCGCAACUACAACGAGAGACUCGAUGCACUGGACCAGGAAGAAGCGUACCGGGGCGGUCACGUCAAAACGAAAGACAUUGGGGCGUCGCCGCAGACCGGCAUUGCGUCGCAAAAAAAGCCACGCGCGCCCUCAUUUGACACAGACAAUACCAAUGGCGACACAAAUGCGCCGAACAGUGUGUAUUUGUGA